GGCCCCGCCCCGUGGGUCGAGUGCGCGCGCGUCCCUUCUGCAUCCAGCCGAAGUUCCGCGGAGUCCCCGGGUCCGGCAGUGUCCCCAGCCCCGGCAGAGCAUGUCCGCCCCGGGGACCUCGUCCGGCCCCGCCGUGGACGCGCCCAGGGCCCCGCAGUCCCCGUGCGCACUGCUGCUGCUGCUGUUGCUGCUGCUCUGCGCCCUGGGCGCGCUGCUGGGCCGCGGCUGGCUGCGGGGGCGCGGGGCACGCAGGCCCCCCCCAGGACCCGCGCCCUGGCCACUCGUGGGUAUCCUGGGCGACACGCUCCUGUCGCUCCUCCUACGCCGCGGCAGGCCGGGCCCUGCGAGGAGCAGCGCGGCCUUGCAGGUGAAGCUGGCCGAGCUGGCGCGCCAGUACGGCAGCGUCUUCAGCAUCUUCGUGGGCCCCCAGCGCGUCGUGGUGCUCAACGACUUCCGCAGCGUGCGCCAGGCGCUGGUGCAGCAGGCUGAGGUCUUCAGCGACCGCCCGCGGAUGCCGCUCCUCUCUAUCGUCACCCAGGAGAAGGGGCUCGUGUUCGCACCCUACGGCCCCGUCUGGCGACAGCAGAGGAAAUUCUCGCAUGCCACUCUCCGGCACUUCGGCUUGGGCAAGCUGAGCUUGGAGCCCAGGAUCAUCGAGGAGCUCACCUUCGUGAAGCAGGAGAUACAGAGGCACGGGGACGCCCCCUUCAGCCCGGUCCCCAUCAUCAGCAAUGCCGUCUCCAACGUCAUCUGUUCCCUGUGCUUCGGCCGGCGCUUUGACUACACAGACAGGGAGUUUAAGAAGCUGCUGGACUUGAUGUCGCGAGGCUUGGAGAUCUGUCUCAGCAGCCAGCUGAUGCUGGUCAACGUGUGCCCCUGGUUUUACUACCUCCCCUUUGGGCCCUUCAGGGAGGUGCGGCAGAUCCAGGGGGACAUCACCGUCUUCCUGAAGCAGAUCAUCCGGGACCAUCGUGAAGCCCUGGACACUGAGAACCCCCGGGACUUCAUAGACAUGUACCUGCUGCACGCCCAGGAGGAGCGCGCGCGGGACGGCGGCAGCAGCUUCAGCGAGGACUACCUCUUCUACAUCAUCGGGGACCUCUUCAUCGCCGGCACUGACACCACCACCAACUCCUUGCUUUGGUCCCUGCUGUACAUGUCCCUGCACCUUGAUGUCCAAGAAAAGGUCUAUGAAGAAAUCAAGACGGUUGUCGGCCUGACCCGCCCCCCGUCCCUCACUGACAAGGCCCGGAUGCCCUACACGGAGGCCACCAUCAUGGAGGUGCAGAGGCUGGCGGCGGUGGUGCCCCUGGCCAUUCCACACAUGACCUCGGAGGAGACUGAGUUCCAAGGCUACACCAUCCCCAAGGGCACGGUGAUCCUGCCCAACUUAUGGGCUGUGCACAGAGAUCCUGUCCUCUGGGAGAGACCUGAUGAAUUCUGCCCCAGUCGAUUUCUGGAUGACCAAGGACAACUUUUAAAAACAGAAGCCUUUAUUCCUUUUGGGAUAGGGAAGCGGGUGUGCAUGGGCGAGCAGCUGGCCAAGAUGGAGCUGUUCCUGAUGUUUGUGAGCCUGCUACAGAGCUUCGCCUUGGCACUGCCUGAGGACGCUGAGCCGCCCCUGCUCACCGGGAGGUUUGGCCUCACUUCUGCCCCUCACCCGUUCAAAGUUGUCAUUUCAAAGAGAUGACGAAGACACUGGAUGCCCCAAGAAGCAGGGGCAGGACCCCUCGAUGAGCGUCCUGUAGAUUCUUCUGCUGUUGCUGGCAGCCGCCCGGCAGCCUGGCUGAUGCUGGCUGGGCGUAGACCGCAGAGCCAGGGGGAAUGAGGGGAGACUGUGCUUCCCAGCAGGACACCUGAGCACCCCGGCUGCAGGGCGGUGCCUUCCAGGUCCCCAGGUGCCAGCAUUGUGGGCAGUGGCUUCCGCCAUGAGCUGUCUCUUCCUCCUCCAGCCUCUGUCCUUGCAGGGCAUAAUGAGACUUGGGACUGGCUGCUGCCCCAAGACCCUCAGGCAUGUCACCAAGGUGUCCUCCUGUGCUGGAGACAAUGCCUGCUGGCUUUCUCAGACCUCUGCCUCCGCAAAGGCGGUGUCGGCAGCCUGCAUGAGGCCUGAGGUCCCACUGAGGCAGAUCUUCAUUUUUAAAGCUCAGGUUCUGUGUCCCUUCUUUGGGCGUGGUCCAUUGUAAUACCUUUUGUGUGUGAUUUUUUUUGAGUUUUUGUAGACAGAGAAUGAAGUGGACCCUUGUCCAGGCAUUGCAGGAAGGAACCGGGACUUCCAAACUCCUGCAUGUGAGCCUGUCUCCUGGGAUCUGCACACCACGGCUGUAUGUGACCACAAAUGGUCGCAGACAGGCCACUUCUUGUCCUCUGUGAGAACUUUGCUUUUCCUGAUGAUGAGGCCCCACGGAGGACAGCUCUCCAUCCUAGCCCUCUCCCUCCUGGGCUGUCUGGAGCCAGGGCGUAGUGGUGGCUAGGCUGGGGGCAGGAAGUGUCACUAUGCCCUGCAGGAUGUCCCUCUUCCCCAGGCAGGACAGUGGGGUGCUGCCUCUCCGAGGGCCUGCUGCCCUGCACACAGGGAGGCCAAGACGGUGCUGGGAGCCUCCCCCACCUCCUGCCCCACGCCCUGGGUGUCUGUGAUACCACACGACAGACUUAGGGACACUAAGGCACAGCGUGACAGGUGCCACCUCUGGGUCAGACGCUGGGCUGCACCACUUCUCGGGGCUGCCACCACUUGGUCUCCAGCAAGUCCCCACCGGCCCUCCUCCUCCUGACAGGCUCCUCUCGGGGAGGCAGUGCUACCUGUCAGUACCUGCUUGAUGUGGGAGUAACUUUCAGUGACAGUGCUUAAGGAAAGUUCCACUCCACUUCUCUUUUUCUGUUUUUGGAAGACAGCUUUGCUGUGUAGUCCCGACUGACCUUGAACUCAGUGUGGAUCCUCCUGCCUCAGCCUCCUAAGUGCUGGGAUGAUGGGUGUGUGCCUCUACCCCAUUUCAGUAUGACCUAUGGGCAGUAUUUUUCUUGCUUCAGGUGACUUUUUAAAAUCAGUAUAUAUUGUUGUCAGUUUAAGCCAAAUUUUUAAAAAUUGCUAGGUUUCUGUUCAUUUUCAAAACCACUUUAAGCUUAAAAUGAUGCCUUAGCCGUGAAGGGCUCACAAGGGCAGUGCCCAGCAGCCAGGCCUGGCCACAUGCAGGCUCCCUGUUUCCUAACCUCUGUGCUGCUCCUGCUGGGGAAGAGGGGAGAACAGAUCCAGAGAGGUGGCGACUUCGGAUGAAAACCCGGGAGGCUGGACUGGAGCACCUGGGGUGGAGAGGCCGCCUGCAGCUGAGGCUUCUAGCUGCUUCCAGAUGGGGCAGACCCAGAUCUCCCAGCCCACCCUGGCUCCUCCCUAACACCCCGCAGCUGGGGCGUUCUGGGGUCAGAGUAGAGCUUUCCUUUGAUCAGCGCAUUGCUGGGGAGACCCCUUCCUGCUCACGGAGUGGAAAUGACAGGGGCUUAACGGAAACCCAAGAGAGGGAGGGAGGAAGGAAGGAAGGAAGGAAGGAAGGAAGGAAGGAAGGAAGGAAGGAAGAUGGGGUCAGCUUUCGCUUUGUCUGGCUCUACAGUCUCCACACUGUUUCCCACUUUCCCUUCUUGUGACUAUAAUUAAGUACUUAUCAUAUAGGUACACAACACAGGCUAAUCUUUAGGUCUUUAUGUGCCUUGAAGAUUUUGUUUUUUAAAGAAGAAAUGCACAGAGGAAGUGAGCAAAAUGGAGAGGCUGCCAGACUGCAGAGGGGAUCCCAGAGUGGAUGGUGUCUCCCCUCUCUCAGGACAGUCUGCUCCGGACUGGAAAUGCCUGUGCUUUCCAAUCACGCUCGUAACUCAGCGUUAACAGUUUCUUAUUCUCACUUAUACAUGGAUUUCCAGUAUUUCUAACCAAAGAGUUUGUAGCUUACUUGAAAAGAACCUUGAGAACUUGAAAUAAAGAACUUUAAGAUUAUGUCAGAAUCACAACGCCUCAAACUGUAGCACUUUUAAAAGAUCUAUUACUGUUGAUGCUUGUCUUGCAGAUACUGACAUUUUACAAUUUUUGCACUUCAUGGUUUAUCUGAAAUAUAAAAAUAAUUGUUCCUUGUUUUAUAAAUCUGCCUAACAUCUUUGAGUCCUCACCUUUAUCAAAGUUUUUGAUACUUUUAGUAAACUUUUUAUUUUAAUGGA